AUGUCUGCUGGCAUACGACGCCGAAAUGUUCCUGGUGCUGGCGAUUCAGCUGAGGGAGACUCACAGUCCGGAGCGCUCGAGACCUUGAAGAAGUUCGAUGUCUACAACAAGGUUCAUGACGACUUCAUGCAAAAAAGGCAGCUUGGGGGUGCCGUAACCCUGGUGACUUGUGCGAUUCUUGCAGUGCUGGUGUACUGCGAGGUCUGCGAAUUCUUUAGUGUUGAGGUGCUUCACAGCAUCACGGUCGACACGAACAUAGACAGGAAGCUUCCCAUUUCCUUGGACAUAACUUUUCCGCAUCUGCGGUGUUCCGAGGUGUCUGUGGACACUGUGGAUUCUGCUGGCGAUACGCAGGUAGAUGCCCACGGUGGCCUCGACAUGCACAACUUGGAUGCCGCUGGCAAGAUGUCAGCAGGCGAUCCUGUAGCUAAAGAAGAUGAUUGCUGGCCAUGCUUAGAAGGCGAGGACGCGCAGCACAAGUGCUGCAACAGCUGCCAAGCUCUGAAAAACGCAUACAGCGACAAGGGCCUGCCCUACUUCCACGUGCUGGAUACGGCGAUGCAAUGCAAGAACUCCAUUGGAUGCCGAAUACAGGGCAAGGUGGUCGUGAACAAGGUGAGUGGAAAUAUCCAUGUGGCCUUGGGAAAGUCUGUGCGCCGGGAUGGCAAGCUGGUCCAUGAGUUUAACAUCGAGGACAUAGGCGAUGGCUUCAACACAUCGCAUUACAUUCAAUCGAUUACCUUCGGAGAACAUGUCUACGGACUUCAGUCUCCCCUUGAAGGUGCUCGCAAAAUCGCCGGCGCGGGCUCUUGGAUGUAUCACUACUACCUGAAGCUUGUGCCGACGAUGUACAUUAGCCGUUGGGGCACGGUCACAUACACGAACCAGUAUUCCGUCACUGACAGUGCCCGGAAUGUUCAAGUUCGAGAAGGAGAAUUGUCUGGCUUGCCGGGCGUCUUCUUGGUCUACGACUUCAGCCCUUUUCUCAUGAAGCAGACCGAGCAGGUCAAGCCCUGGUCUUAUGUGUUCACGUCUAUGUGUGCCAUCGUGGGUGGUGCUUUCUCGGUUGCGACUCUUGUCGAAAUGGCUCUGAGUGGUGCCAGAGAGGAGCCAGAGUUGGAUGUCAUCGAGUUCUACGGGCUCGUGACUCAAAAGCUGCAGGACUUGAAGAUCAAUCCCGACUUCCUCAAUCGGAACGUAAAUGAAGGCUUCAGCGGAGGAGAGCGAAAGAGGAAUGAGAUGUUGCAGAUGGCUGUGUUGCAGCCCAAGCUAGCAAUUCUGGAUGAGAUUGAUUCCGGACUCGACAUAGAUGCGCUCAAGGACGUGGCCGAGGCCAUCCGUAGCGUCCGCGAGCAGGAUCCGAACAGAGCCAUGCUCGUCGUGACGCACUUUGAGCGAUUUCUCCGUUACGUGGAGGCCGAUCAUGUGCAUGUGAUGUACCAGGGGCGCAUCCUCAAGAGUGGAGGCAAGGAGCUCGCUGACAAGCUGGACGAGGAGGGAUACGACUGGGUGCUGAAGGAAGCAAAGUAA